CGAACUCUCGCGAGACUUCCCGGAGUUGAGUAAACGCCACGUCCUCUGCGCAGCCUCCAUUAGCCUCCUGGUGCUCCGCGGGUUCUGCUCCUCACGGGUCUCACAGCCGGACAGACGGAGAGGUACCGAGCGGCCCGACCGGCACCGGCACCAGACACACUCCGGGGAUAAUAUGGGCUGUGUACGUCUGCUGGCACUGGCCACAUCAGCAUUACUACUGUUAGCCUCCCGUUCAACAUUCGCUCACAGUCAUUCCCAUGGCGACCACGAUCAUGGCCACCAUCACCACGGCCACACCCACGGAGAAGAUGAUCACCAUGGACACUCUCACGGCGAUCAGGUGAAGAUGUUCCACGGAGCAAGCAAGUGGAGCGCAGAGGCUAACGUGCCUGAGGACGACCACGGACAUGACCACGGACACGACCAUGGACACGACCACGGACAUGACCACGGACACGACCAUGGACACGACCACGGACACGACCAUGGACACGCCCACGGACACGCCCACGGACACGACCACGGACAUGCUCAUCAUGAAGAUGUUGUUCUUGUGCACAAGGAGGAGAGAGUGAAGAGGGAGGCCGACGGAGAGAAGAGGGACACGAUGGAGCUCUGGACGCAGGCUAUCGGAGCUACCCUGCUGAUCAGCGCGGCUCCUUUCUUCAUCCUGUUCCUGAUCCCAGUCCAGUCCAACAGCGACCAGCACCAGAACCUGCUCAAGGUGCUGCUCAGCUUUGCCUCCGGUGGACUACUGGGCGACGCCUUCCUUCACCUCAUACCUCACGCUCUGGAGCCUCACUCUCAUCACGAAGAAGGAGACGAAGAUCACGGACACUCGCAUGCAAGUGAAGAGUCACAUGACCAUGGUCACUCCCACGGAGCUGCGCACGACCACAUGAUGUCGGUGGGUUUGUGGGUCCUCGGUGGGAUCAUCGCCUUCCUGGUUGUAGAGAAAUUUGUGCGUCUGCUGAAGGGAGGGCAUUCCCACAGCCACUCGCAUGCUGCUGCCAAGGAAAAGGACAGUGAUGGAGAGGAAGACAAGGACAAGAAGAAGAAAGAGAAAGGAAGCAAAGACAAGAAGGUGGCGACGAAAGAGGAGCUAAUGAGCACAGACAUCAAAGUGUCGGCUUACCUGAACCUGGCAGCGGACUUCACACACAAUUUUACUGACGGCCUGGCAAUCGGAGCCUCAUUCCUGGUGGGUCCAGCAGUGGGCGCUGUCACCACUCUCACCAUCCUGCUGCACGAGGUCCCACAUGAGAUCGGGGACUUUGCCAUCCUCAUCCAGUCUGGCUGCACCAAAAAAAAGGCCAUGUGUCUACAGCUGUUGACAGCCUUGGGAGCCUUGGCUGGCACAGCUUGCUCCCUAUUGGCCGAAGGUGUGGGCGCCGCGGCGACUGCCUGGAUCCUGCCAUUCACGGCCGGAGGGUUUGUUUACAUCGCCACGGUGACGGUGCUCCCGGAGCUGCUGGCGGGCCGCUCCAGUUUCGGCCAGUCCCUGUUGGAGAUCCUGGCGCUGCUGUUCGGAGUUGGCAUGAUGGUGCUGAUCGCAGAGUACGAGUGAGACGCAGCAGAGACGACUUCUCGCAGAGUGAGACAGGAAGGGACGGACCAGGAAAAGGUCAAAAAGGUUGAAAAAGGCGCUUUUAAGUAGGAUUCAGGUGGAUUAUUUUUGUCAGGGUGUUUUUUCUUGUUCGAUUUAGGACCAAACGCCACCCGUUGAUGGCAUAUGGGUGAAUUUUGUUGUCCUGUGUUAGUUUGUUUUUUAGCAGUUCACGGUCACAUCCUGUUUUUUUUUUACUGUUUCUUUUUGAGAGGAAAAUAAUUUGUGUCGUGAAAACAGAUCAGCUGUGGAGACUGAGCGCUGGGAAGAAAGAAAACUGGUGGAAACGUUUGUGUUGCUCGCUGGGGGCCUUCAUCAGGACAGGAGGUGGACUCCGUCUGUCCGUCGGCCCCAAAAGUCACUCGACACUUUGGCUACAUGGAUCAUCGACAGUGUGACUGCAGCUUUAAUUCCCUCCAAAAGUGGCUUAACGUCAAUUCAUUUCACAGCCAAAACUGUGGAAAUAUAUCUGUCAUUUAACAAGUGGCUGCUCCUUCAAUCCACAUUUCAGAGUUGGUUCGAUGAAACAAGAGAAAGCUCAGUUAUACAUGUUUAAUUAUGAAUGUUGAUAUUUUUACAUUCCACAAAAUACAAAUAAAUGUGGCUUCUACAGAUGUGCUCAAAAUGUCAACAUAUUGACUCUUAAAUCAUUCAGAUUUUAAUUUUGUUUUAACUUUAAACAUUCCUAAUUCUAUUUUCUUCUGACUGACACAAACUCCCAAUAAAGCUUUAAAAUCUU